AUGACGUCGUCGCGCCCCUCGUCCGAAGACUCGAAGGGUUUCAGCCUCAAGGACGCCUUCAAGCGAUUCAGCAUCCGUGCUCGCUCCUCGUCGCCAGCAUGCGACGCUCAUGGCAAGCCGCCGUCGACAGCGCUGCCGAGACCACCAUCCUUUCACAAAGCUGCGAAAUCAGCAUCAACUGCAGUGUCGCUGCCGCCGUACCUAGCGCAUCUUGCUGCGUCUACUUCAACAGCACCCCCACCAAGGCCAUUCGCGGAGCCACGAGUCAGCGGCACCGCCCCAGCACCUGCUCGAUAUGACCAUGACAUCGAACCACAUCGUCUGCCGCCACGACCCCCAGCUUUUAUGUCUGCGGCGCCGAAGCAACAGCUCUCCUCGCAUAAACCUGCACCGAGCCAACACCCGACGAGCCUCACUCCAGCCAACAUCCAGGUGGACGUAUACAGCAAGCAACCGUAUCCAUGGGAGCUGGUUCCGCAGCUCAAAGCACGUCCCGGUACCAGCAGUGCGGACAGGGACAGUAGCGCGCCAUCUGAUGAAGUCGAGAAGGAGAAUCGCAUCCCACAGAGCAACAGCGCGCAGCAAACACACGCCAAGACCACCCAGGAGCCCAUCAACCUCGUGACGCCGCCAAGGGCACCAGGAAAGCUCAGGCAGAAGAGUCCGUCCCCCUCGACCCCACUCGGAGCACGGACGCCCAAUGGCUCGCAGAGGGAUCCCAGCUGUCCUCCUGUUCGAGGACAGUGCUGGGGCAUCAAACAAGACGGCACUCGCUGCACCCGCAAGGUCCGCACAUCCUCGCACACUAACAAACUCGCAGCGGCCGGAACUGCGAAGGAACGGAGUCGAUUCGAGCGAGGAGCGUCCGCACCGCCCAUGCUUCACCAAGAUGCUUCUGCUGGCCAGCCUCUUGCCAUCGGAGACAGUGGCAGUGAGGAUGACCUCGGUACAGCGGUGGCGCGGAGACAGAGGCUGGCAUCGCCCGCGUCCAAGGACGCUGCAGAGGACAUAGAAGAGGUGUACUGCUUUCAGCAUGUGGCCGAGGUGAACAAGACCACUGGCUUUUAUCCUGGCACAAGGUCUUCCGCGAGUGACUUUGUCCAAUUCAGCGACUGGUUCGGCACCGUCGAGCUCAGCGACCAUGCGCAGGCGCUGUUGCGUCGAGCCAUGAGCCGACCGCCCACCGACUUUGAUCGCGCCGAGCAAGGGUACAUCUACAUCUACGAGCUGCGCGACCGUUCGAGCGCCACGCAUCUGUGCCUCAAGGUCGGGCGCACCGUCAAUGUGUUACGCCGUCUGGGCCAGUGGCGCACACGAUGCUACUCCAAGGAUCCGCUUCUGCGCGCGUUUCAUCCGUCUGCUCACGAUCAGGGGAUGCUGUCGGGCGCAGACGCCGUCGAGGCCCCCGGAGUCGUACUCAGCCAUCGGUGGGAAACGCUCGUACACCUCGAACUCGAUGCCGUAGGACAGAGGGUGCUCGAGGUGUGUCACGAUUGCGGCACCCGCCACAGAGAGAUCUUCAUGAUCCCCCGCUCGCCCCGAUUGCAGCACGGCCAAGAGCAGGCUGACGGCUUUGAAGUGGUUCAGCAAGUCGUGCACAAGUGGAUGCGCUUCGUCCAGGCCAUCGCAUGA